AGAUGGGAAGGCCGCCGAGUAACGGAGGUCCUUCUUUCCGUUUCAACCCUACUGAGGUUGCUGAGAUGGAAGCUAUAUUGCAAGCUCAUAAUAUUCAAAUGCCGGCUCGAGAAAUUCUUGUAGAUCUUGCUGAGAAGUUCAGUUCUUCAGCGGAGAGAUCUGGCAAAUUUGUGGUUCAAAUGAAACAAGUUUGGAACUGGUUCCAGAAUAGACGAUACGCCAUUAGAGCAAAAUCAGCUAAGAGUCCUGGAAGAUUUAUUGCCCCACCAGCGCCUCACAGUGAUUCAGCUGCAGUAAAGGCUCCUGCAAAAGUGAGUGCCUCACCUAUGCCUCAGAGUGAUCCAGCUUCAGUAAGGAUUAUGCCCCAGGCCCCUCAACCCAUACCUUCUCCUCAAGCUACAGUGAGAGCAAUGCCCCAAGCACCCCAACCUCUGCCUGCUCCAUCAGUGCCAGUGCAAAGUGUGGGCAGGAGUGCCUCAGAUAACGUUCAAAUGGAGUUUGAAGCUAAAUCUGCAAGAGAUGGUGCAUGGUAUGACGUAGCAAGCUUCCUGUCGCAUAGAUCUGUGGAGACUGGUGAUCCGGAAGUAAUGGUUCGAUUUGCGGGGUUUGGAGAAGAGGAGGAUGAAUGGGUAAAUGUACGUAAGCACGUAAGACAGCGAUCUCUCCCAUGUGAAUCGUCAGAAUGUGUUGCGGUUGUCCCUGGUGAUCUGAUACUUUGCUUCCAGGAAGGCAAAGAGCAGGCUCUGUACUUUGAUGCGCAUGUCCUUGAUGCUCAAAGACGUAGACAUGAUGUGAGAGGUUGCCGUUGUCGGUUUCUGGUUCGUUACGAUCAUGAUCAGUCGGAGGAAAUUGUUCCUCUGCGGAAGGUUUGUCGUCGGCCUGAAACUGAUUACAGGCUGCAACAACUUAAUGUGGAAUCUAUGAGGCAACAGAAAAUAGGUAAUGACCCUACAACAGCCAACACUAUGACGGUCUACCCUCCAGCUGAUGCACCACAGAAAGCUCAAACUGAAUCAAGGAUAAGACCAGCUGUGCCAACACAAAAUCAGCCUGCACCGGAGGACCCCACCAAGCCAGGACUCAGUGUUGCUCCUAUGCAGCUGCAAAAAGCGAGUACUGAUUCGUUAACAGGAGAUACUUCAGCUGAAAAAACACCUAAGCUUAUGGAAGAAAUGACGGAUAAGCCUGUAGCUGAAACAGCUGAGGUGCCUCAGGAACGAAAAAGUGAGAUGCCUCCGGCAGAAAUAACAAACAAAGCACCAGCUGAAACAGCAGAGAAGUCUCCUGAUGAAACAACUCUUAAGCCUCCAGCUGAUUCAACAUUGAAGCCAGAUGAAGCACCAGAGAGGCCUCCUGCCGAAGCACCAGAGGGGCCCACAGCUGAAACAACAUCGAAGCCAGAUGAAGCAACAGAGGAGCCGCCUGCUGAAACAACUCUUAAGCCUUUGACUGCUUCAACAUUGAAUCCAGAUGAAGCACUGGAGCAGCCUUCUGCUGAAACAACUCAUGAGCUUCCGGCUGCUUCAACUUUGAAGCCUGAGGAAGCACCAGAGGAGCUUCCCGCUGAAACAACUCUUAGGCCUUUGACUGCUUCAAUGUCGAACCCAGAUGUUGCACCAGAGGAGCCUCCUGCUGAAACAACUCUUGAACCUCCAGCUGAAACAACUCUUGAACCUCCAGCUGAUUCAACAUCAAAGCCAACUGAAGAACCAGAGGAACAGCCUAAGGCCGAGGAGCAUGUUGAUGGUGGACCCACCACAGCUUCCAUUGAUCAUGACAAUGCUGCAACUGUAUAA